CAUAAAUAAAAAGCAUUAUUAUAUUCCAUCGGUUCGGGUUUCUCCCGUGUGGAAAGAAUAAUCCUCCACCUAGUCCACCUAUUUUCUCACCCCUCUCUCAUUCUUGCUCAAUCUUUGCAACAUUCUCGCUCUUCGAUUUCUCUGCAUCAGGGUUUUUCGUCGUCGAAGAAGAACCGAUCAACAAUUAUGACUCGCGGUAGUCAGAGAGAUCGUGAUCGUGAAAGAGCUCAGUCUAGAACCGGUGGUAAGCAGGCCAAGGGAAAGAAUGAUGGGCUCACCCCUGAACAGCGCAGGGAAAGAGAUGCAAAGGCACUGCAGGAGAAGACGGCGAAGAAAUCGGGCCAGCAGGCAGGAGGGGAUGAUGCAGCAGGUGGAAGCAAAAAGUAGGCAAUAAUUUCAAUAUUGAUUUGGAGUUUGAAAUGCUGGUUUUUGUCUUUUAGACCUGGGAUUUAUGAAUCUGUUUUAUUUCAUUCUGAAAGUGUUUUCUGCUCAGAGUCAACUACGUUUUUGAAUGUAAUUUGAGGUGAAUGGAUAAAUAAUUGGUGUUUCAUGUGAUGUUAUUGAUGUUUGGGGCUGAAUCAAUGACCUGCAUCUUUGUUUGGAAUACUAGCAUUCUGUAA